AUGAAUCAAACAACAACUAAAACCUCUAAUAAAAACAAAAGCAAUAAUAAUGAUAAAAAUCCCGGGGAAACAAACUACAAACACGUUACUAAUAACAACAACAAGGGCGAUAGCAACGGCGAUGCGCGCAAAGGGCCGCUCACUAGAAAUAGGAAAAGAAGAGAAAUGCUGAUGGAAGAAUCGGCCAAGGACCACGAUCACUGUGACGACUCAACAAUAAUUUCUGACGGAUACACGGACACCGGAUCGACGGUCACCAUCUCACCGGACAGAUUUUUGGGCGUGACGGGCGAGAGACCGUCCGACUCGGACUCCGUGGACACUAUAAACAUUUGGGCAUCACAACCCCCGCACCCUGCUCCCACAAGAACACCAGAGCCCCAACCGCCGUCUCCGCUCUCUCUCUCCUCCCUCUCGUCUUUGGCAUUACCGGACAACUUGCCGAGGACACCUAGACUAUCACUGUCGUCAUCAUCAUCAUCAUUUAGCUCCACCUCCAGCCAUGAUACGGAUAGAACUGCCGAAUGCACCUCUCCAAAGGGCACCAUCCCCCCCAGCACAACAACAACAACAACAAUAACAAGAAACAAAGACAAAAGGAAGGGGGACGAGCCUUUCAGCAUGGAGGAAUGGAGAAAUACUCCCAGCUGCUCAUACGCAUGGACGGGGGACAGAGAGAAGGAGACUGCGAGACGCACCGAACGGCCCCCCCCCACUGUCACGGCUCAGGGAGCAACAGAAGAAUACCGCUGGCGAAUCAGAGGGCACUGGGAGGGGAAGAAUCAUCAACAACAAAGAGGUGGGGGGAAAAGGGAAAGGGAUAGGCAAAAGAUCGCUCCCAACACCCGCAAUCGAACCCAUAGGGGAAAACGAGGAAAAGAUGACCUCGGGUACCCCCCCCUCCUCCGCCGCCCCAGCCCCCCCCUGCUCAACCUGCUGACACACACAACGCAGUAUCACCGCCGAAGGGAACAGGCGCAGGAAUAA